AACUUGUAGCUAACGCCACAAAUCCAUUUAACAAUCACAAGCCACGUGUCUACUAACACCCGAACAGCGUGAUAAUCAACGGCUCUAAAUUGGCUUAAGUCUACAAGUUUUAGAUCAAUGGCCCGGAUCAAUCGAACGAACCUCACAAUAGUACACCGUUAUUUAUAUAAAAACCCCCCUGCUCCUCACUGCUUCUUCACGGCUACAGAGCUUUCUGUAUACUUCUUUUCUUCGUUAACAUUUUAUUUUAAUCUUUCGAUUUUCACUUCAACAAUGGACAAAGUACCUGGUCUCUACAGCGACAUUGGAAAGAAGGCUCGAGAUCUCCUAUACAAGGGCUACCACACUGACCACAAGUUUUCAAUUACUUCUGAAUCUGCCACCGGAGUUGUUCUUUCCUCAUCAGGAUUGAAGAAGGAUGAUCUGUUUCUGGCUGAUGUCAACGCUCAAUUGAAGAACAAGAAUAUUACAACUGACAUUAAAGUAGACUCAAGCUCCAAUCUUUUCACAACCAUCACACUUGAUGAAGCUGCUCCAGGGUUGAAGACAAUUUUAAGCUUCAGAGUUCCUGACCAACAGUCUGGAAAGCUGGAAGUUCAAUACUUACACGACUAUGUUGGGAUAAGCACCAGUAUUGGAUUGACAGCAAACCCCAUUGUUAACUUCUCCGGUUUAGUGGGAACUAAUGUUCUUUCUCUUGGAACUGAUGUGUCCUUUGACACCAAGUUGGGAGCAUUCUCUAAGUACAAUGCUGGCUUGAGUUUCACAAAUGAUGACCUUGUUGUUUCAGUCAAUCUGAAUGACAAGGGAGACACUCUGAGUACAUCAUUCUACCGCACACUCAGACACGUGAAAAGUACUGCUGUUGGCAUGGAGGUGUCCCAUAGCUUCUCCACCAAUGAGAAGACCUUUACUACUGGCACUCAGUAUCAGUUGGAUGAGCUGACCACCAUAAAGACGAGUCUAAACAAUUUUGGCAAGGCAACUGCACUGCUCCAACAUCAGUGGCGCCCAAAUUCUCUUUUCACCCUUUCGGGUGAAAUUGACACCAAAGCUAUUAACAAAGGGGCAAAAUAUGGAUUGGCUGUUGCUCUUAAACCAUAGAAUGAUGGUUUUGGAGAUAUGAGGCACUAGUCCAAUUGGAAUGAUGCUCGUUCUGUGGCGAUUUUUGUGUUUUGACAGUAAAACUUCACUCUAGGUGGUUGCUAGAACCAAUGUCUUCUCUUUCUAAGUUCAUAUAUUCUUAUUCACCCUCUCGCUUAACUGAUAAUGGGUUCUCCCAUUGUACUUUUUUUGACAUUUCACUUUAAGGUUUCUCUCAUUUAAUUUAGGAGAUUAUUGCUGGUAUGUGUCAUUUCUCUUAUUAGUAAGCACUGUUGGGAAUAUUUUAUUUGAUUGAAUGCUUAUUUUUAUUUGAUUUUA